GGCCCGGGGACGCGGGUGGCUCGAGGUGGUGCCCCGGCUGAAGCACGCUGCGGGCGCGUUCCUAUGGCGUCCGAUGGCUGAGUGGGCGGAGGCCCCGGGCCGGAGGACCUGCCCUCCGGAGAGCCGGGGUCCCUGCUCUUCCUGCCUCUUCCCCUGACGUAUGGCUCAGCGACUUCUCCUGAGGAGGUUCCUGGCCUCUGUCAUCUCCAGGAAGCCGCCUCAAGGUUGGCGGGAACCCCUCACCUCCAGGGCCCUGCAGACCCCACGAUGCAGUCCUGGUAACCUGACAAUAACACCCAGCCAAGCACGUUCAAUAUUCAGCACCAGAGUCUGUUCAACAACCUUUAACAUCCAGGAUGGACCUGACUUUCAAGACCGAGUUGUCAACAGUGACACACCAGUGGUUGUGGAUUUCCAUGCACAGUGGUGUGGUCCCUGCAAGAUCCUGGGGCCAAGGUUAGAGAAGGUGGUGGCCAAGCAGCGCGGAAAGGUGGUGAUGGCCAAGGUGGAUAUUGACGACCACACAGACCUCGCCAUAGAGUAUGAGGUGUCAGCUGUGCCCACUGUCCUAGCCAUCAAGAACGGGGACGUGGUGGACAAGUUUGUGGGCAUCAAGGACGAGGACCAGCUGGAGGCUUUCCUGAAGAAGCUGAUUGGCUGACAAGCAGGGAAGAGCCCUGACUGCCCUUGGCCACUGGGGCCCGAUGGUCCCAAGAGGGGCCCCGAUAGAACUCACAGUCCUGUGUCGGCCCUUCCCGCCUCCUCCCUUCUCUCUGGCCCCUGAGGACCAGGCCUCCAAACACGAGCCUCGAGUGCUUCUAACCCGGCUGACUGCCAGGGUGGCCGCCAGAGUGGUGCUGCUGCUGGUCUGGGGACAGCUGUCCUCCCACCCACUCUUUUUGGCUGCUCCCUCAGGGCUGUCGCAGUCCUCCCAGGAUGCUUGGAGAGAGACCCUGGGCAGCCACGGCGUUAACUGUUCUGGCAGCAACAGCUUGCUGCUCGGCUCCCUGGCCCCUCUUGAUCCCAACCCUGGUGCCGGCUCAUCUGGAGCCGGCUCCUGCGUUUUUCUUUCCUGCUGUUGUUUUGUAAAAAGAAAAACA